CUUAUAAUAAUAAUUUUAAUAAACUUUACCUAAAAAUCACUAAUUGGAAUUGGAUUGAAACUUAAUACCAGUUCAUUAACCAUACUAAAUGGGUCAAAUAAUCGGUACAUAUCAAACUCGUCAUUUGGGCCUCAAAAUGGACGACAAUCCAACAUACGACAGCUCCGUCGGGUUUGGGUUUUCGCGAGGCGAGCGAGUGAUGUAUGUAUGUGAAGAGGACCUCAUAUCGGCGAGAAUACCUCCUAAAUACAGGGACUACUGCGCCCAUCUGCUCCUGGACUACUCGGUCUGUAGGUACAAGAACAUGCCGUUCCUAUAUCGAUGUCAUCACGAAAAACACGCGUAUUUGAACUGUGAACAUGCUGAUUACGUAAUAAGGAUGAAAGAGUUCGAAAGAGAACGAAGGCUUAGGGAAAGGGAAAUAAGAGUGUUGAAACAGGCCAAGGAAUCUAAGGAAGAAAAACCUUCUGAAGAGACAAAGAAAUGAUGUUUUUUAUAGUUCAAUAAACUGCUUUAUUUUACUAGGA